AUGCGUCGAGGUGAUUCUCAAGUAUCCAAGGUCCAGAGUCCCAUGGCUGACUGUGCUAGCCCAGAAUCUCAGGGCUGUGGUCAAACCUGCCUUGCUGUGGAUGGUGUCCCGCAGCCUUCUUCCUCUCAGCUGGAUGGAGAAGCGUCACCUAGGUGCUGGUAUCUCAGAAAGAACAACAAAACGCCAGUCUAUUCAGGUUGUCUUCCAGCAGACUCUUGUCCUCAGGAAUCCCACCCAGGGCUCGUGGGUAAGCCCUCGGCUGGCAUCAGGAAUGCUAGUCUCGGACAAUCGGCCAAAGAAGAAACUGAGCCUGGGCAGUCCAAGGAGAAGACACAGUGCCAGACGCAGACCAGCAAGCAAAGACAGAGCUUGCCUAAGCCCUCUGCACACCUGUGUCUUCAGGAGUCCCAAGAGGAGAGGCUGCAGGCCCUCAGAGCCCGCAUCCAAAGCUCAAUGGCCAAGAGGCUGCAAGCGAGACAGACAACCAUGAUCUCCUUCCAUACCCAGCACAAGAGCGCAGGUCAACAAGGGGAGCUUGGACCCAGAAGGGCUGAUACUGGACCAACUUCCCAGAGUCUUCCUGAGGCUCCUGCCCAUCCAGGAUCCCAGAAGCAUCCCUGCCUGCCCUCGCCAGCAAAAGGCCCAAAAAAGGCGCCAGCUAAGAGACCUGCUCCACUCAUGGCCAAGGCACUCAGGGACUACAGCCGUAGGUUCUACACGAACUGAAUGGCUGAUGCUCUCCACAGUCACAGUACCUGCCACUCCUGGGACUGCGAAGGACUGGGCAUACACUCUCUCUCCUGGAUGAACUGGCACAGAACACACUGUGGUGGUCAAGCUCCAGACACACUCCACAGCAGCCUUUUCUGGAGUUUUCACUGUGCCUCUGGACAAGAUUUUC